CAGGACAUCGUGAUUGAUCGCAGGCGCUGUUCACUUUCACCUGCAGUUGCUGAUCUUUGCUGGUGUUGGUGUAUAACCUUCAAGUGCAAGAAAAGUGAUUGUUGUCCCGAGAGUGAAGCAUGUUCAAGCUUGCAUCUCCCUUGAGCAGCCAUGAGGCAGGCCAGGGGUUCAGCACCAUCGCUUCCCGUAAACCAUCUGUGUCCUUUGUAGCGAUCAGUGUGACAGCAUGGUUUAUCAUGCUGCAGCUCUGCCCGUGUCAAACGAGAGGACAGCACGGAACCACCCCUCACAUUAAGCACAUUGUGAUGGGAAGGUGUUACUCUUACAGUGCACUGGUUAACCCCGGUCUGAGCUACGACUGUGAAGAGAUCUGGAGGCGGUUUGAGGAGGCGGUCGUCCAUCCCACCACCUGCAACGUGUCAGUUCAAGAUUAUCACCCCAUGUUCAAUCUGAUGCCACAAAUCUGGCCCUGCGAUAAAUUCCUGUUCUGGAGUAAAACCAGGCCGCUCAUGCACAGCUACGCAGCUGUUCUUCGACACUUCUGGACCCUGGAGGACACACUGCCCGGAUACAUGUUCAAUGAUCUCAUCUGGUGCGGCCGAGACACGGAAUCUGGUUUUGAUCACAGCUCGUGUCCGGAGUGGUCCGCAUGUAAAAAUCAUCCUGUUCACUCUCUUUGGAGGAAAGCCUCGCAAAACUUUGCAGAGAUGGCAUGUGGGAACAUCACUGUCUUACUAAAUGGAUCUGUUGUCAACGCUUUCAACAGGAAAAGCAUGUUUGGAAGUGUUGAACUGGACAGUCUCAAUCCAGAAAGGGUGGCUCACGUCAACAUUAAGGUGGUGACCAACCUAGAAGGACCUCAUGUAGAAUCAUGCAAUAAAGGAUCGAUUGUAAGCCUGAUCCAAAUCCUGCAGCUCAGAGGUUUCCGCUGGACCUGCUCGGACACGGACCAGACACUGAUGAGUCUUCAGUGCAUCCAGCGCCCAGAGCGCUCAUCAUCCCAGAAAUGUGCAAACAGCCUCGUCCACAACAAGAGCCUCACGUCCAACUGAGUCCCAAACGAGGAUCGCAAUGUCUCGCACCUGCAUU